GGUACAUUUAGUCACGUAAAAACCGACCGCUGCAUCCUCUGUUGCCUUCUGAGUUUAGAUCCAGAGAGCCUCAAGCAGGUAGCAGCACUUACAGAGGAAACAGAUUUAUUUCAGCACCAGGAGCUGUCCGCGGUCUAAUUUAACUACACAGCGCCCCUGGUGGUUACCAUCGAUUGUAUCAAGAAGCAGUUUGAGACAGUGAGAUAGAGAUGCUGAUUCAAGCUUUUACUGCUUUAAAAAAAUAUUGUCAAUGACGUCGCUUUAAAUGGGCGGAAAGUUGCACAGGUUUAAAAACAUAUAUAUACAUUGUAAAAGCAACAAAAUCACCCCAAUUUAUCAGAGACAGCGUCGCUUCACUAGGGGUUGUAUGAGGCACAUCAGUGCGGCUGCAGAGGAAGAUAUUGCAAGAGCCUUGCUUCAGUUUUCCUUUCUGGUGAAUCUUUUUUUUUCUAUCACUUUAAGGACAGGAAAUGGGAGGGAUAUUUUUUAAUGUGAUGUUUUAUUGGGAGAAGACAUUGACAAGCUGAAGAAAUAUUGCCGCAUCUUUUUCUACCAACUGCUGGUCUUUUUUCUACCGGAGUAGAGCAUUCACAACAACGGGGAAACAACGCUGGCACGGUGUGCAAUCCAAUCUGGUGUGAUACAUGCGAAGCGGGUGCUGAAUCAACGGCUUGCCUUAUGCAAAGUUUUGGAAAAGACGUCUCGGCUAGAUUGCAUUCCACCUAAUUAUGAAGUAGAAAACUAGGUGCUAUUUUGAAGCGGUUCACCUGCUGCUUUGUUUUCAACAAUAUUCAAUUUGUACUUCGUUUUUUUUUUUUUUUUAAAUAGUUGUUAGUUUCAGAAUAAGAAGGGACGGACACAUUGAUUUCAGCUUGACCGCACGCUGUUCACAUGAAGAAUUUAAAACAGGGUUUCUCUACCUCUCAUCAUGCUGUGACCAGCGAAUACUCUAUCUAGGCUUUCCUAUUUCAAGGCACUUAGCCCCAAGUUGGGCCUAAGAGGGCGCUGGUACAGAUAGAAGAUGUUCACAGAGAAAAAAGCCACUUCUGUGCCCAAAAAGGGGGUCAAGAAGAAGACAAGACCACAGGGCCUGCCCUCCCCAGCUCUAUGCUGUGCCUGCGGACUGUGCAUCAUGCUGGCUGGCAUCAAUAUCACGCUGGUGGGUGCCUUCGCUUUCGGGACUUUCAUGCCCAUGAACAACCCGCCCAUCAUCAUUGGGCCCAUCCUGUUGGUGGUGGCCUUCACCUUCUUCGGAGCCUGCUGCAUCUGUAGCCGCCGCCCCCCUGCUCAGGGCUCCCGCAAGCCCAAAGGGGGCAACAAUCUGGGGUUGAUCCGUACAGGCAACACAGCCUUUGAGAUCGAGACCAGCGAGCACACGCUGCAGGACACCACCGCUGUGCAGCUCAGCCCCACCAACUCCCCCUGCUCCUCACACAAGUCUACCCCCACGCACGAGGGCCCACGAGCCUGCAAGCUCUUCACCAUGGACACCAAUGGGCCCGCUGCUCAAUAUUCGGCUGGGGCGGACUCCAUCCAGCUCAACCUGUCCACGGACCUGCCUACCACCUAGAGCAGUUUAGUGCAGGUGCUUCUGUAGGGCCUCACUGAACUGCCCAGGUUUCCAGCCCGUGGGGUUUCACAGGGCAAGGGGCAGCUACGUUUGUGUUCAAGACAUGAUGGUAUUGUACAGGAUUUUGGAAUAGUUCUAUUUGAGAGAUAGCCACGGCAAAUUAAUUUGCACUUUACCACCCCACGUGCAAAGUGAAAGGGAAGUCAAAAGUGUGGCUUGUUGACCAGUGGAUCGACAGAUCUAAACACAGUAGUGCUUUGUUACUGGAGUUACAGACUCUUGGAUUAAGAGCACCACUUAAAGCAAGAGGAAGGUGGUCCAGAGACAGAUUGCAAAACAGAUUCAGAAAGACCUAUAUGAUUCACUUACUGCUUCUAAAGUCUGUUAUUCACACCUCUUACUAUAUCUCUCUCUUAUGAAAGGGCAGUGUGUAUAAUACUUUUCUUAGGGUCCUCCUGAUUGGAUGACUGCUUUCCUAAUCAAGGGGUCAGGGCUGAUCACAAGAGGGUUAUUUAAAUCUGUGAAGGAACCUAUAAACUGUUGAAUUAUUUAAUAUUCUCUCUCUCUCUCUCUCUCUUUCUCUCUUUCAUGGAAUACAGAAUGUUUUUUUUAAAUUAAACACUCACACACACACUCACACACACACACGCACACACACACACACAAACACACACACACACACACAGACGAGUGAGAAGAUGCUGCUCUUAUUUUUGGUUUGCUUCAGGAAGUUAAAAGGAUUGUGUUUUCUUUAGCAUUGCUGUUCACAAACACUUUGCUUUAUUCUAGGUAGGAGGACACUGCUUAUUUAGUGCUUUAUGGAUAGACCACUGGGGUUUUCAUAUGUUUGAUAACAUGGGCUUUAUACACCAGAAAGCCUGAUAUGUACGAUAUAUAUAUAUAUAUAUAUAUAUAUAUAUAUAUAUAUAUAUAUAUAUAUAUAUAUAUAUAUAUAUUUCUGAAAUGUAUUUACAUUUUUUUAAAUGUUAUAACGUGGCAAAUUGUACAGUAUUUAAAGUGCUAAAUAGUAUUAAUACUGCAUUACUGGAACUAUUUGAUGUAUUAUUAUUAUUAUUAUUAUUAUUAUUAUUAUUAUUAUUAUUAUUAUUAUUAUUAUUAAUACUAUGAUUCCCAAUGCCUACAGCCUUAUACUGUAGAAUAAAAACCUUACCAACAA